CGCCGCCUGCGAUGCGGUUCAGCCCUGGCCCGUGAGGACGGGACUACUUUCUGCCACAGAGCUGUGGCGGCGUCCGAGCGGCGGCACAAAGGCUCCGCUGGCGAUCCCGCUGCUGCUCCCGGCUCGGGCGAUGAGAAAACCUACUUCAUGAUUUCAGCGCAUCUAAACGUUUUCAUCAAGUCUAGACGUCUACAUCACGUUCUCCCUCCCUCACAGAACGUGACAGCUGGGAGUUGAAAACAGCACUGCCUGAGGAUACUCUUCUUCAGCGGUCAUGUUUUUGAGUGUGAACCAUGCAGGAUUCUGAUUUUAAUUUGGCACUGCCCACCAGACCACAGGGAGAUAAGAAGUGUAAUUUGAUUAUUUUUUAUGCUGCAAGGGCAAGUUCACAUCCAAACUGCUACUUGUUUUACUGUCCUAGCACUGAGGCUUGUCCAAUGAAACCUGCAAUGGGACUUGUGAGCUACAGGAUAACUACAGACAUCCGUGGCUCAGAGGAUGAAUCCAUCAAAACUGAGAACUUCUCUUCAAAUGAGUAUUCCUUGCCUUCAGAUGCUGGAACCUUUCUUUCUCACAGCCAGGAUAUCCCUGAGAAUCACACUGCCAGCGUGCAGCGAUCCAUCUUUCAUCAGGCGUCCCAACUCCUGAACCACAUAGGCCAACAUUUGGACAACAUGGAACUUCAUACGGUUUUUCCUGAGUCUCAAAGAGCAAAACAGUCUGAGAGCUUAGAGCCCAUCUCAAGGCAGGAGGUAGUUACUCUGCCCCCAAACAUGCCUUCUGCUGUUCCAGCUGGAAACCCCGCUGCUCCAUUCCCCACCGCUGUUCAGGCAGGCGCUCCUGACACCAGCAGUGCUCCUCUUGCUCCUCUGCUGACAAGUCCUGCCCAGCUGGAGCCUCUUACAGCCCCUCUGCGUCCUGGGGCUGCUAAACCAAACACAACCCUCCCCAGGGCAGCUGCCUCUCUGCCUGCUGCAGCUACACCUGGUGUCCCUGCCACCGGCAUCGCUGUUACUCCUGUUCUUCUGUCCAAGCCCGCGAAUUCUGCUUCUACUUCUACAACCAAGCAGGUGACCACAAAUUCCGGAUCUGCUGCCGCCCCGUCAGGGCUAAGGACUCCAGCCAUGGCUCCUGAGCCAACAGUUGUCUUCUCCAGUGAUGCCAGCCAUGUGACCUCCUCUUUUCCAGGUUUCGUUCAGCCCAGCGAUUCCCCCGCAUCUUCCCAAAACGACCUUCAGGGUUAUGACCCAUCUGACUCAGAAAGCUCCCUGUCAGGAAGUGUUCUGAGAGGGAAAAGUGUCUUUCAGCUGGGGGAAAAAAGCAGCCUUGUAGCAGCUUUGUUUUUUGGGGUGAUAUUCUUGUUGCUAGUUAUUGUGCUGACAGUGAAGAAAAUACACGAAUCUCUUCAGAAGAGGCAUUACACCAGGCUGGAUUACUUGAUCAAUGGGAUGUAUGCUGAUGUCUGACUGGGAGAGGGAAUAAAAUUUUGAGGAGCAUCUCUCACUUUUGAGAGGAGAACUCAGAAAUGGAACAGUAGAUACAGAAGUCUCGGAAGAGGAUGGAUUCCCUUUUGGGGCUCUAAUGGGAAAGCAGGAGACAGGAGAUGGGUUUGUUGGUGAGAAGGAAUGCUCGGUCUGCGCUGAACUAUAAAGUCUGUCAUUUUUGAUUUAUUACUAAAUCCUGAGAGUAAACAUUUAAAUCCAAGUUAAGCUAAGAAGGUCUUAUAUUUAAGGAGAAAAAGCAUUUCAUGAGCUUAAUCUGUACUGUGACGAGAUUAGCGAAAUUGAAGUACACCUAAUAAAUUCAGUACCUGUGCAGCACGUGGGUGUUUUCAGGCUAUUUGCACCAAAUGCCAGUGUUACACGAUUGCCUAGCAAUCCUAUUUACCCUAUUUGUAACUUUAAAGGAAUACUUAAGUAACAGAGCUUUGCAUCCAAAUGGUUUUAGGUACAAACAGGAAAAAAAUGUAUUACAUGUGGCAUAAUUUAAUUUUCCUUAUCUAAAUAUAGUUUAUGGUUAUAUACAUAUCUUUAAAGUUCUUCUUCUGCAUACAUCCCAGGUAUCCUUAAAACUACACACUGCAAAUGUGAGCGCCCUCAGAGCACACCCUCUUCACUUCUAGUGUCCCCUUCAUGUGGCUGGUAAUAAGCACAGCUGCUUAGUAACAGUGGUCUUGAUAUUUGAGUUUUUUCCCAACCAAAACAACUCUAUGAUUUUAUGUUCUCCUGACCCUUCAACAGGGAGAGGAAGUGGGAGCAUCUACUGCCACACAGCUUCCAGUUCACGUGACUCAAAUUUUGUGUACACUCAGUCUAAGCCUGGUUUUGGAACGAAAGGCGAGAUUUCAGCGUUGGUGUCAGGUGGCAUGAUCAACAGCAAACGUCACGGCAGAGAAGGAAGCAUGGGUUAGUACAGUUCGGGUUUUUUUAGUUAUAGAGGAAUGUAGAAUGAUUCUCCGGGUCAGGACCUGGGAAUUGCUUUAGAAAGGACAGGGACCUAUCAGAGGGUUUGUUGGAAUACUGGCAUCUGUUCGGACCACUGAAAACUGUUGGCUACGACUUUGGGAAGUACCAUAUAAAACCCCUGCAGGUGGGCAUUUUCCUUCUUUCCUUUGGCCAGAGAGAGACAGGUAACAUCGAGCUGAGCCUGCUGCUCCCCAUUUUUGGGGGGAGCUGGCCUGAGGCCUGGCCGGAUUCCAUCGGCUCCCAGGGUGGGGGGAAGGAGAAAUUGCUGCUUUACGACAACUACUUUCUCUAAACUUGCCUGGAGCAGGGAGAGAUCUCUGCUGGGCCCCUGGUAAGAGCUAUGGGCACCAUCUGGGCUGAGGCCACCCCCAUUUACACCGAGGGGUGGGCUGAGAAGGCAUUUAUGAUCCUGCCUGGUUUUUUUUGUGAUUCCGGACUGCCUGAGUGCUCCAAUCUCUGAUGUUUCUGUGUGAGUUCUUCCUCCCUCACCAGAAUUGCCUUGAACAUCUAACACCAGAGCUACAGAGAGACAAAGACUCUGAGCAGAUUUAACCCUUUCCUGGCAACAUGAAGCUUCCAGAGCUUGGCCCUUCUCUGAGACAGUAAGAAAGGACAGGGUGAACAUAAAGAAGAAACAGCAUGAAGUCAGUAGAGCGAGAGUGAAAAAACUAUUAGGACAGAGGGUUAAAGAGUUAGUUGUUCCAUUCUAAUUUGAGCCCAUUGAAAUGAACUCUAUAUUUAGUUAUUCCUUUAAAUCAUGGGAAAAAUAUGCAUUUGGAGAGAUGAUUGUUUAGAUUUGUGUGUGGAAUUGAGCAAAGGUGUUUGUGAUAGACUAAGUGAUAUUAAUCCUAUAAGAUGCUUAAACAGAGAUAGAAAUAAGAAGCCCUCUGCGCCAGUGAAGAAGUGAGAAGAUAUCUCUGUACCUUGAGAUAAAAAAUUCUUUGCUUUAGAGUUAUUCAUCUUUAAAAGGUGACACCCCAAUAUACAAAAAUCUAAGACCCAUGACCCAUAAGCAGCUUGGGAACCUGCUAAUGGGAGGGGUCACAAAGGCAGGUUUCUCCAGGCAGCUGUUUGUGUGACAGUUAAAAAACCUACAAGAGAACUGUUCUAGGUUAUCCGUGGGAUCCAUGACUCUAAGAGAGACUCUUCCCCUAAAAAAUUGAUGAAAGACUGUUAUCAGAUAGUAAAACUGACUGAAAAUUACAAGUUUUAUCUCUUUAUGUUGUUUUGUAGGAAAGUUAACAGUUUGUAAGGGGAGGGAAGAGUGGUUUUAGAGUUUCAUUCUGUUUUGUUUUAGUUUUUUUUCCCAACUUUCUUUUUCCAGUCUUUUAGUGUAUGUUAAUAUAACUAUUUGUUCAUUUUUAAGGUUGAGCCUGCUUUGUUUUUCUCCUAGUCUCUCUCCCACAGAAAAAGAGUGAGUACUAAGACCGGAAUUUAGUGAACGUGAAAACACUACAUGUGUGUAUAUAACACACCCAGAUAUAUCCACCCAGAUCCUUCCAAAACCAAAAAACUUUCCUUUAAAACUUUUUCACAAUGAAAUAGCUGCAGUUUGGGAAGUUAAAAACCGAACUAAUUAAAACCUUUUUAAAUCCCCACAAAUCCUCAUAACUCGUCCAUUCUAUUUCACAAACUGUUGUUGCCCUCUAGUGUUCAAACACAGCUUGUAAAGGUCCCUCCAAGAAAGCUCCAAACUGGUCAGCUAUCAAUUAAUUCCCUUUUAGUUCUUAAUCCAACGUGACAAAUGGACCGAGAAAACGAAUUUUUAGAAAGCGUUUCAGUACGCCUGCCUAAUACCUUGCUUUCUUUACUCGAGCAUAAGAGAAGAUCUUCCAUGUAACAACUUCCAAAGUUUGUUUGUGUUACUCAAACGUUGUGAAAGGAUGCUGAAGUCAGCAGAGCAGGGUUCAGGAUGCCCGCUGCCCUCCUCCUGCUCCUGGGCUUCCUGCUUACCCACCUGCCUG